AAAAUUCACUUUCCUUUGCUAAAAGCCUUUUAAGCUUACCAUAAGCUUCUUUACUCUCCUCCUCCGCCUCCUUUCUCUCUCUCGCACAUGGAUAGUGUUUCUUCUUUACAAUGGCUGCUUCUUAUUUUCAUAUAUUUCAGUUCCAUAAUUUCGACACUCGCUCAGUUGCCUGGCACUUGGGAGCUGUUGGUCCCUAAUGCCGGCAUAGCCUCUAUGCACACAGCAGUUACCCGCUUUAACACCGUUGUUCUUCUCGACCGGACUAACAUUGGCCCAUCUCGGAAAAUGCUGCCCAAAGGCCAUUGUCGCUUUGACAAAAACGAUGCCAUCUUGAAGCGCGAUUGCUAUGCACAUUCCGUUCUCUUGGAUCUUCAAACCAAACAAAUUCGACCUUUAAUGAUCCUCACCGACACUUGGUGCUCAUCCGGUCAGUUUCUCCCUGACGGUACUCUCUUACACACCGGGGGUGACUUGGACGGAUUUACAAAGAUCCGGAAGUUCGAACCUUGUGACCCAAACGGGUUGUGUGAUUGGGUGGAGCUUGAUGAUGUGAAAUUGAGUGACGGAAGAUGGUAUGCUACGAAUCAAGUAUUACCGGACGGUUCGGUGAUUAUUGUUGGAGGUAGAGGAGCAAAUACUGUAGAGUAUUAUCCACCGAGAAACGGCGCCGUUUCUUUCCCGUUUCUUUCUGACGUGGAAGACCGUCAGAUGGAUAACUUGUAUCCUUACGUCCAUCUCCUCCCCAGCGGCCAUCUUUUUAUCUUUGCUAACAACAAAGCAGUUUUGUAUGAUCACCAGGUUAACAAAGUUAUCAGAGAAUAUCCACCGCUGGAUGGAGGGCCCCGCAAUUAUCCAUCAGCGGGUUCAUCAACUAUGCUAGCACUAGAAGGUGAUUAUUCAACGGCUGUGAUUGUUAUUUGUGGCGGGGCCCAAUAUGGAGCUUUUAUCGAGAAAAGCACAGACACUCCUGCACACGGUAGCUGUGGACGGAUGGUUGCCACGUCACCCGACCCCGUUUGGGAAAUGGAGAAUAUGCCAUUUGGGCGGAUCAUGGGCGAUAUGGUUAUGCUACCAACUGGAGAAGUGCUAAUUAUAAAUGGAGCUCAAGCUGGGACCCAAGGAUUCGAAAUGGCAUCAAACCCGUGUCUGUAUCCACUUUUGUACAGACCGGAUCAACCCGUUGGCUUAAGGUUCAUGACGUUGAAUCCGGGAACGGUGCCCAGAUUGUAUCAUGCAACAGCUAACUUGUUACCGGAUGGGCGGGUAUUACUGGCUGGAAGUAAUCCACAUUUUUUCUACAAAUUCAAAGCUGAAUUUCCAACUGAAUUACGAAUCGAAGCUUUUUCGCCGGAAUAUUUGUCACCUGACAGGGCCAAUGUUCGACCGGUAAUUGAAGAAAUUCCUGAUACGGUACGAUACGGAGAGGUUUUCAAUGUAUUCGUAUCGGUUUCGUUGCCUGUUGUUGGGAUUGUAGAAGUAAACUUCGGGAGUGCACCAUUUGCAACGCAUUCGUUCUCACAAGGACAAAGAUUGGUUAAAUUGACAGUUUUGCCCUCUGUGCCAGACGGUAACGGCCGGUAUAGGAUCGGGUGCACUGCGCCGCCUAAUGGGGCCGUUGCUCCACCCGGUUAUUAUAUGGUGUUUGCGGUUAAUCAAGGCGUGCCGAGUGUGGCGCGCUGGGUGCAUUUAGUGUCAAAAUAGAUUAGUUUUAAAUUAGAUUUUGAUAAUUGCAUAGAUAUUUUAUAAUUAUUGAUCAUUCGAUUUCAAUUGUGAAAAUGGAAUGAUUUAAUUGUUGGUGAUAAAAAUAAAGAAUUUGUUCUAUAUUAUUUUUUUAGCAAAA